UGCUUUCGACGCUUUUGGUUAAUAAUAAUAACAGCAAAUAUGACGCGACUCUCUUGACUGGAAGUCUAGUUAUGGCAAAAAGUAAAAAAAAAAACUGAUCGCAUAAUUCAAGGUCGAACCGUGAAGUACUAAAGAAAACUCAACAGGUGGAAGUGAAACUAAAAUUCACAGUGCUGAAGUGUCAAAUCAAGUGCCACCGAAAAAUACAACGAGCACUUGAGAAUUUCAAUUUAAUUACGCCCAACACGGGCACAAAUUUACAAGCAUACAUAUGCGCACGACGAUAAGAUAAGCCAAAGAAAGGAGCACAAAGACGUGGUACCACAGAAACCCCAAACCCAUAAGAUGCCAUGGGCAAGUGCGUCUCCCGGCAGUCGCCUCCGCUCCACGAACUCGCGUCCCCAGCCGCGGAACAUCAUCAAUCUGUAUUGACAAUCGCACUGUCCCACGAAGAUUUGGCCCAGGCGCACAAAAUCUGGCAACAGUUGACAGCGAGUAAUGAAUACAUAGCAGGCAGGCCAUCAUCAUCCCAGCAGGAGGAGCCCUUUUAUUACACCAUCAGCCGGCGGAGGCAACCGGAGCAGGCCGUGUUGCAUAUCGAAUCCCUUUACAAUGAUGCCGCCGUCGCCCCAGCGGAACCACUGACAUCACUCCGCGAAUCGGAGUACUCCACUUGCCAGGAAUUCCUGCUGCACGAACUGCUGCAGGCCAUCGAAAAGCAGGAGGAGGAGCAGGAGAAGGAGUUAUCCUCCAGCCACAUCCUGAAUAACCAGGCCAGAAUAAGGCCAGAACCUCAAUUACCAGUCGAGAACAACGGCUGGCUGGCGGGGCAGGCGGAGAGCAAGAAGCAGGGCAGCAAGUCAAGUCGACGCCACCACAAUGGCAACGGCAAUAGUAAUGGCAAUCCCUCGGAGGCGAUGGAUCCGAAUCAGACGGUGCACACCAAAGGCACCGCCAUGUCCUUUGGCUUCCGCAAAAAGCUCAAUGGGACGCCCAAGAAGUUCAAGAAACUCCUGGAAGGAAACGGCGACAAAAGCGCAACUCGCACAGACACAAAGGACGACAAUGGGAAUGCAGCUACACCCGUUCACUUUGAGAAAGUAGGCGCCGCCGCUGCCCAGAAGACUGGGACUUUGGUGGCAGGUGCGGCCGGUGGACGUUUCGGCUAUCGUGGGGCGGUGCCACGCCCCGCUUCUGCGGGCCUAACUGCGCCCAGCGAAGAAUCCGAAUCCGAAUCGACGGCCAAUGCCCAGAACAACAACAACAAUCAGAACAAUAAUAGUCGUGGAGCGGGAAAUGGUCCGGUAUUGGUGAGCAAUUUGAAACGUCGCUCCAAGAGCGCACACGCGGGACGAUCCGGCGAUGGGGAUCCCAAAAUAGCCCAGCCCAAAACGCUGACGUUCAACCUGAACCAGAACACCACCAUCGAGUACCAGCGGCGGCAGUUCUUCGGCGAGAUAGCGGACGAAACGUCGGGUUCCGGACUGGGAUCGGGAUCUGGGUCGGGAUCAGGAUCGGUAUCGGGAUCGAGGGCUAUGCAGCCGCGCUAUAACUACAACAACCUGGCCAGCAUGCAUGCCAAUGUCAUAGUUCGCCCCACACCGCGACCCCCUCCAGCCAGCUAUGCCAAGUUCACCCUGCAGACGGUGAGCCUACCAAGGCCGGAGUACCCAGUGGCCAUCAGUUUGACAGCCACCACACCGACCACGCCCAGCAGCAGUGUCCAGUCACCGGUGCCCGCCCAUUCGACAGGUGCCCGGGCCAAGGACAUCUCCACCAGCUCGCGACAGCAUCCCUUGACCUCUGUGCAUGUCCAACCUCAGUCACGUCACCUCGACCAGAAGAGCGUGAAGCAGCUGACAAACAACUCUACGCGACGAGGAUUCUCCGGCAGCCGGGAGAUUAGUGCCGAUUCGGGAAUAGCCAGCAUGGACAUGGCCAUGGACAGCAGUUCGGGCAGCUCAGUGGGUUCCAAGAGGAGUCGCAGUCGGCCCAGGAACCUCAAGAUGGUGAUGAGUGGCAGGCACACUUUCGAGGUGCGCGAUGCCGAUGAUCCGCCCUCCAGUGAGUCCAAUUCCUUUGUGGAACCCCUGGCACUUCCCAAGUUACCCACUGAUGGAAGUCAGAGUAUUCCUCUACCAUUAUUGGGUUUGGUACGAUCCAAUACGGUGUUGAGUCGCGAGAGUUACGAGCGUCGGCAGGCGGAGACCCCAGGAUCUCAGGAUCGCCAAGAUCAGCGGGAUGGGGAACCAGAAAAGCCGAAGAACAGUGGCUCCGAUGAGAGCGAAAGUGUGGACGAGGAGAAGCUCUACCUGGACUCGUCCACCUCCGAGAAGAGUGCCAAAAACCAUCAUAGUCAAUCCUCGGUGGCCUCCACUUGGCUCCUGCAGGCGGGUGAAUCUCUGGCCGCCCAGGAUUGCAGCAGCAUGAGCAUGAGCAUCAGCAGCGAUACCCAGGCACCGGAGAAUCCCAGGGAUAAUGACAAGGAGGAGGACAUGUCCCUGGGUCUGGAUGAGAUCAGUCUGAUCAACACCGACAUGCAGUUUAGCACAAUCUCUUCGAUGACGGAAACUCCACCCAGAAUGGGUCAGGAGCCACUGCUCAAUCUCCACCUGGUGGACAAUCGGGAGGCGGGCACUUCACGUCCCCGCUCCUUCAAUAAUGCUCUCAAUGAAUCCAAGUUUGCUGAGUUGGCCCUGGCCAGUAGUAGUUGCCUCCUGUUGGAUGAUGAGACCUCACCCACGGAUAGCUUGGUCAGCAGCACCGAGGAUUCGGAGGAGGCAGGUGGCAAGCUGCAGAAGCACAAGCUGAAUGAGGAGCGUCAGCAGAAGGACAUCGACGACAUCGAUAUAGAUGAUAUAUCCCCGAUACUGGAACUCGAUCUUGAUCCUCCAGGCGGCCGUAGUCCCAUUUCCCCGGGCACACCCACUCACGCCUCCCAUUCUCUGUCCUUGGGUUCGGAUUGUGGAAAUCUUAUAGAUGAUGAGAUCGCCGAUCAGCCAGCUUUGCUUUGCAACAGUGAAGCCCACGAGGUGGCCACAGAUACGCCCACUUUGAUGGAAACGCUCACCCACACCCAGACGGGAUCGCUGCGAUCCCUGAAGAGUCAGUCCAAGGCUCGAACAGCUCUGCAGCAGGCCAUCGAGCUGAGUUUGAGGACUCCAGCGGCGGUGCGGAAGGCCGUGAUGGAUCGAGCUGAAUCCCUGGAUACCCUAUCGCCCUGCGAAUCCAUCUGCUCCGAUGACCUGAUGAUGGACUUCGAUAUGAACAGCAGUGUGGACUCCAUCGAUCACAUGGCCAAUGCCACGGGACGCAGUCGUAGUGGCUCGGAUCUACACAGAAUUGGCCAGGAUAUUGAUCCCAUGCAGGCGGAGACCGAGGCGGAACUUCUUUCGGAACUGGAGCGCAAGGGCAGCGAUGUGAUGAAGGAGCUCAAUACCUUGUUAAGAGGAAGGAGGCAGCGCGGAGGACCAAGGGAGAGAAUAAGCGCCCAGUUGCCGGCCCGUGCCACCAGAUUGCUGAACCGCUCGCGUCUCCAGGACCAACAGCUCACCGGCAACGAUUCGGACAAUAGCUUGAGGUCCACCCGGAGUGGAGGAGCUUCGGCAGCUGCUGCUGCCAGGAAGAGAAGCACGGCCAACUCAAGGACAUCGUCCGGCUCCACGGCCAGUCUGCCACGCCAGCGUCACCUGCAGCAGCAGCACCUGGGCUUGGGAUUGGGUGGCGGAGCAGGUGGAGGAGGAGGAGCUAGUGCAUCCGGAUCAUCCGGUCACAGGUGCGGGGGCGAGCUGCACAGCUCGUCGGACGAUCUGAUGUUGUAUGACAAGUCCUUCCGCAAUGCCAUGAUCCAGGAUGUGCUGCAGUUCAAGAAGCAGCUGCUGCGUCUGCGACGAAUACUCCAGGAGGAGCCAGAUUUUGAUUUAAAGCGGACGGAAACGCUCAAUCCAUUCGAGAACGACAACGUUCAGCUGUUCGCCGCCUGCGGAUUGGAUAGCAAGCAGCUGAAUGACAUCGAUCUGGCCAGUCUGACCUCAUCGACGACGGAGGACCCGCUCCAGGAGCUAUCGGAUCUACGUAGACAGGUGGUUUACCUUCAGGGUCAAGUGGACGAUCGUGAUCGCACCAUCCGCCUGCAGCGUGAUCUCAUCGAGCAAUUGGAGGCCGAGAAGAGGCAGAAGAUCGCCAAUGGAUCUGGCGGGGAUCCGGGCAAGGAGCUCAUCAGCAUGGCCACCCAAACGGAGCGGACACGACCACUUGCCAUUGGUGCGGAGGGUUUGUCCAGAAGUAAGCCCGAAUAUACCAGUUAUACCACACACUUUCCGACGCUCCACAUGCACGAUUCCACGCUGGCAGCCACCACGAUAAUUCGCCACCACCAGAGCAACCACAACCAGGAGCACAAGCAGCAGGAGAAAUCCUGUCCAGCUCUCAGCCAGACCCGCCGGCAUACCAUAAUCUCCACCACGCUGACCAAUUAUAAUCAGCAGCUGGCGGCUGCUUUUCCGGAUACCCCAAGACGCUCCUCCAUUGGAUGGGAUACCCCGCCGACCAUGCCCAAUGGCAAUGCCUAUAAGCCCGUAAGGAUAACCCUUAUCGGGGAGGCACUGCCACUGCAGAAUAAGUCAUCAACCGGUUCGCUAUCCUCGUCAACGUCCUCCUCCUCAUCAACAUCUUCCCUAGCCCAAAAUCCAAACGUGGUCAAAAUGCGCUAUCCCAAUGGCUGUCAGAGUGUUAAGAACGGAUCGAGUGCCCAUUAUCAGCCGUUGUACAACAGCAACAAGAUGACAAACCCAACCGUAACUAUAGUCUGAUCUAGAUACCAGUUUUCAGUUAUCAAAAAA